AUGAUUGAACCAUUCCAGACGACCUUCGCGGUCCCGAUGAACUGUGAGGGUUGCGUGAAGGACAUCUCCAACUCGUUGAACCAGCUCAAAGGAAUAACCAACAUUGAUGUCAGCCUGAAAGACCAGCUCGUCUUCAUCGAGGGCACGGCACCACCCAGCUCCAUUGUAUCCGCGAUCCAGAGCACCGGCCGCGACGCGAUCCUCCGCGGCAGCGGAACUACGAACAGCUCCGCCGUGUGCAUCCUGGAAACCCAUUCCUCCGCUGUCUCCAACAAGAUCCGCGGCCUCGCGCGCAUGGUCCAAAUCUCCUCGAACAUGACCCUGGUCGACCUAACGAUCAACGGCCUCGCUCCAGGCCGCUACCAGGCCACAGUCCGGGAAGCCGGGGACAUUUCGCAAGGCGCUCUGUCAACUGGUGGAAUCUGGGAGUCCCUCAAAGCGAAGGUAUUCGGCCCCGAUGCCGCGGCACCCAAAGAGCCACGGGGGUUUUUUGGUAGCGUGGAUGUCGAUGAGAAAGGCCGAGGAAAUGUAUUUUGGGACCGACCAGUGGCGAUCUGGGAGUUGAUUGGCCGCAGUAUGGUGGUUUCGAGUAGCCAAGAAGGCCCGUUUAAGCGUGAGGACCCGAAUACGCUUGUUGGUGUGAUUGCACGCAGUGCUGGCGUGUGGGAUAAUGAUAAGAUGGUCUGCUCAUGUUCGGGGAAGAAUGUUUGGCAGGAGAGACAGGAGCAGGUUAGCCAGGGCAUGGUUUGA